AUGAACUAAGAUCAUGUUAGUUAACACACUUAGAGUCAGACUCCUUACAAUCACGAACCAAACCCUUAGUUGUCAAGUAAUUAAUCAUUGCAUAUCAUGGUAGAAUAUUAAUAAAUAAAUUGAAGAACCCAGAACAAUUAUAACUAAUUUAAGAAAUUGAAGAAGAAUAAUAACAACCUCAAAAACAACGUUUACGAUUAAGUUUAGAUUCUGAUAGGGAUAGAGAUAGGGAGAGUGUUGGGAAUUAGUGGAUAAAGUAGAGACCUGGUAGUUCUAGUCCAUCAGAUUAAAAAACAGUGAAAAAUAUAACAAAUAAAAGUGGAAGUCAAGCUUUAGUUAGUGGUAAUGGACGUUCCAGUAAAACUCCAUAAGAUUUCUAAGAGGAAAUCAUCCCUUAAGUUAGAAGUAUUCUAAAAUAAGGCACAUUUAUAAGUCAUUCCUCAUAGCCUAGAAGCAGAGGUUUAAGACCUAGUAGAUUAUAAAGGUAUGUAUUUAUAUUUGAAUUUGGUAGCUUACAUAGUUUACCAUAAUCAAUUAAAAAAAAUCGUAUAUAUCCAGAAGAAAUAAGAGAUAAUAUUGGUUCAAAUUAGAAUGAUUCCUUAUCUGAUGAUUCAUUUUUUGAAGAAACUGAACUGAACGAAUUAGGAGAUGAAACUAGAUAUAGAUUUGAUAAAAGGUAGUCAAUAUUAUUUGAAAUAUAGAUAUGCUCAUCUUAAAUAUAUCAUAUUUCCAGAUGAUCCAACAAAAUUGUGUUGGGAUAUUUUAGUAGUAAUGGCAUUAUUAUAUGUUUGCAUAAUGGUUCCUUAUGAUAUCUCAUUUAAGGAUGAUAACCAAGAAGAAACAACAAUAUAAUUUGGUUUAGGGUUAGCAAUAGAUCUUCUUUAUGGGAUAGAUAUAAUCGUCAAUUUUAUGAGUGCAUAUGUGGAUGAUUAAGAUGAACUGGUUGUUGAUAGAACAACCAUUAUUAAACAUUAUUUAAAAAGCUGGUUUCUUUUAGAUAUAAUUUGUGUUAUACCUUUAGAUUAUAUACUUGAUAAUAAUGAUACUUCAGGAUAUUAGAAAUUUGCUAAGCUUCCAAAGGCUUAUAAAAUGAUUAAAUUAGUAAAGAUGUCUAGAAUGUUAAAAUUUUGUGUGUAAAAGAAAAAAUUUGGAGAGUUGAUAACAUCAUUUUCUAAUAUUACAGUAAUAAUUAUUAUAUAAUAUAGUAAAAUAUAAGAGUGAUGAUAAUUUCAUUAUUUUCAGUAAUCCUUGUAAGUCAUCUAUUUUCUUGUUUUUGGUAUUUUAUAGGAACUAUUUCAUCAGAAUCAGAAACUUGGAUAACACAUUAUAUAGGAGAUUAAACAAAUGUUGAAAGAUAUAUUAUGAGUCUCUAUUGGGUAUUUUAAACUAUGGCUACAACUGGUUAUGGUGACAUAUCAGCAACAAAUAGUACAGAGUAAAUGAUUGCAAUAUUUAUAAUGAUAAUAGGUGUUGUAUUUUUCUCUGUCACUAUUGGUUCUGUGAGUUCUUUACUGACUUAAUUGGAUACUUAAAACUUAAAAUAUAAAGAAAAAAUUGAUACUCUUAAUGAAAUAACAAAAAAUCAUAAAAUUGAUAAUGCACUUUAUGCUAAAAUUUGCAAAGUCUUAAAAUAAGGUUAUAAAAAUAAUUAAAAUGAAGUUGUAGAAUUUUUACAUUUACUUCCAUAAAAUUUAAGAACUGAAUUAUCUUAAGCAAUGUAUAAGAAUGUAUUUCUAGGAAUUGAUCUUUUUAAAUAGAAACCAUUAAGAUUUACAGCUUAUAUUGGACCAUUAUUAACCAUUCUAAGAAUACCUGAAGGAGAUGUAAUAUACAAUGAGGGAGAUUAUGCAAGUGAGAUUUAUUUUAUUAGAGAAGGAAGUGUUUCUUUGUGUAUUAAAGAAUGUGAUUAUCACCCUUUCGUUACUAUAGAAGCAGGAUAAUAUUUUGGAGAAAUUGAAUUAAUUAAAGAAACAUAAAGGAAAUAUACUGCUAUUACAUAAAAGUAAUCGGAAUUAUUAGCAUUAUCAAAAUCACAUUUCUUUAAAAUAUUUUUUUCGGAAUUUAGAGAAAUAGGUGAAGAAUUACAUGAAGAUGCUCGUAGAAAAAAGAGAGAUUAUGAAGAUAAAUAUACAAAAACUAAGGCAUAUUUAUAAGGAUUAGAAUAAAAAGCUGAAUAAUAAAUUAUUGAAGCUAAUAAUUAACCAAAAUAAAAAUUAGGUUUAGAAAAAUUUAAAUUAAAUUUAAUAUUUUAAGCUUAAACCAAAAAAGGUUUCUUGGAUAAAGCAAUUAAAGAAACAGAGUAAUUGGCAUCUAGUGAAUUAAAGAGGAAAAUGACCAAAUUAAAGACUGUUUUACUUUAAAAAGGAAUAAUAAAUAAAUUUGAUGAAAAUAGUCCUACAAAAAUAUCUCCAAAAAUUCUUAAACGUAAUACUCUCAAUAGUGAAUAUUAAUCAAGAAAAAUAGAUAAGAAAAAUACAUUUUUACCAAUGGAAAUAGUUUAAUAAGCAUUAUAAUUAAGUUCAGAAGAUGACAAAUAACCUUAAAAUAAUUAAUAAGAAUAAAAUGCAUUUAGAUUUCCAAAAAAGGCUAUGACAGCAUUUAUAUAAGUAGAACAAAAUUAAAAUUAGGAAGAAUUUGUAACAUCUUAAGAUGGUAUGAUAAAUUCUUAGCAUCCUUCAUCAUAUAACACUAACAUUUAGUUUUUAAAAAAAAGAAAAAAACAAUUAUAUCUUUGA